CCCAGGCUUCCGUGGAGGCGGGGGGGCCCCGAGCCGGGCCGGUUGCGGGGGCUCCGCGGGUGGGUUUGCAGGAUCAGCCCGGUGCGGUGCUGGGGCAGCAUGAAGUGUCUGGUGACAGGCGGCAACGUAAAGGUGCUUGGCAAGGCGGUCCACUCCCUGUCCCGCAUCGGAGACGAGCUCUACCUGGAGCCCCUGGAGGACGGGCUCUCCCUCCGGACGGUGAACUCUUCCCGCUCUGCCUAUGCCUGCUUCCUCUUCGCCCCGCUCUUCUUCCAGCAGUACCAGGCAGCCACCCAAGCCCAGGAACCCGUGCGCUGUAAGAUCCUGAUGAAGUCGUUCCUGUCAGUCUUUCGCUCGCUGGCAUUGCUGGAGAAGACAGUGGAGAAGUGCUACAUCUCCCUGAAUGGCAGGAGCAGCCGCCUAGUGGUCCAGCUGCACUGCAAGUAUGGGGUGAGGAAGAUUCACAACCUGUCCUUCCAGGACUGCGAGUCCCUACAGGCCGUCUUCGACCCAGCUUCAUGCCCCCAUGUGCUCCGUGCCCCGGCCAAGGUCCUGGGGGAGGCUGUUCUGCCAUUCCCCCCUGCGCUGGCUGAAGUGACGCUGGGUGUUAGCCAUGGCCGCAGGGUCAUCCUGCGAAGCUACCAGGAGGAGGAGGCAGACAGCACCGUCAGAGCCAUGGUGACAGAAAUGAGCAUCGCGGAGGAAGACUUCCAGCAGCUGCAGGCCCAGGAAGGGGUGGCCGUCACUUUCUGCCUCAAGGAAUUCCGGGUAGGUGUCCCCGAUGCACGCGUUGUCCCGACCUCCCUGCCCAGCCCAGCACAGGGCCUGACCCUCCUUCUUCCCUCCCAGGGGCUUCUGAGCUUUGCUGAGUCAGCAAAUCUGUCUCUCAGUAUUCACUUUGACACUCCGGGCAGGCCAGCCAUCUUCACUAUCGAGGACUCCCUGCUUGACGGCCACUUUGUCUUGGCCACGCUGUCAGAGCCAGACCUGCAGUCCCAGGACCUGAGCUCCCAGCAGCCCCGCCAGCCAGAGCCUCCACUCCAGGCUCACAGCACGCCCAACCUGGACGACUUCACCAACGAUGACAUUGACUCUUACAUGAUCGCCAUGGAAACCACCCUGGCCAGUGAGGGCUCUCGGGCACUGCCCUCCUUCUCCAUCUCACCAGGCCCCCAGCCCCCCUGUAGCCCUGGCCCAAACUCAGAGGACGAUGAGGCUGAGCCCAGCACAGUUCCUGGGACCCCCCCACCGAAGAAGUUCCGCUCGCUGUUUUUUGGCUCCAUCCUGGCCCCCGUACACUCCCCCCAGGCCCCCAGCCCUGUGCUGGCUGAAGACAGUGAGGGUGAGGGCUGAGCCGGGACCAGGCUGCGUCCAGGUUCCCUGGACUAGAUGAAGCACAGCCACCGCCCACCCCAGCCCAGUGGCUAGGCCACCUGGAGAGCCACUCAGAGUCCAGGCCCAGGCGGGGGGUGGUGACAGGCUGUGCUGGGGCUGCACCUACCAUCCGCUAUCGAGUGCUGGGUCCUGUCUUCUCCCCCUGCCCCAGCCAAUCACACCUGCUCCCAGGCCUGGUGCUGAGCUGCCACCUGAGUGGAGGUCCCACAUCUCAGUCACCACAGGCCUCAGGCGGACUCCACCAUCUGGCCAGGGCUGGAGGCAGCCUCAGGCCCACCUCCACAAAGAGUCCCAGAAGGGCUGUUGGCCCUGGGACCCUGAAAGCCGAUCAUGACUCAACUGCUCUCAUCCUGGACACACUGGCAACCCCUGUGGUCCACACAGACUGCUGUUCUUGGUUUUCCAGUACUCUCGGGCCCUCGUUAGGAAUUCCAACCGCCUCCGUGGGGCUGGUGCCCAGCAAGGCUUCCCUCCCAGUGGCUCUGGGCAGAAGGGCUGCCAGGCCCAGCGUUGGGACAAGGGAGACAGAGGCCGUGGCAAGAAUCCAGCUUUGACCUUUAUUCAAGAGACCAGAAGGGUUGCCCCAGGAUCCGGCUGCCAGCCCGGAGGCCCAGCACGGCUGGAGACCCACAACCUGGCCUGCCUUUGCCCUGAGCUGCAGCCUCAGCCCCAGGAUCCGGCUUGCAGCCCCUGUGGGCGCACGCAGGAGGGAACCCUGGGGAUCAGACACUGCUGUUGAUUCAUUAAAAAAAGGAAAAAAGACCAAGGCUCCGUGUUCCCGUGAUGGGUGGGCCCAAGAGGCUGGUCUGGCCCCUCGUGGCAGCGUGGCUUCUGUACAAUCAAUCCAACAUCUGGGGGCAGAGGGGUGGGCACAGGGAGGCUAUUUCUUGGCUUUGGCAGAAUUGCGGGGUGGGGUGAUGGGCCGGCCUCCAGGAUUCAGGCCGCUGAACUGCCCGUAUUUCCCCUUGUUCUUGUCGGCGGGUUUGAGGAUCUACAAGAGACGGAACCAGUCAGACUCUCGGGCUGGGCCACAGGGCCUAGUGCUCACCCCUACAGCCACCUGGAAGACGCACCUGAGAGCCCAUCACUCCCCGCCCCCCCGGGAGAAGCACAUGAGGUCACCCCCUCUCCCUACAGCCACCUGGAAGGAGCACAUAAGAGUCUCAUCCACACUCAUCAUGGCACCAGCGUUGUCAAACUCGCCACAGUAGUUAGGAGCUGAGAAAAGUGUCACCAGCUGCCGCUUGGCAAAGAACUCGUAGCCGUCUUCCACCACCUGGGCAAGGGCAGGGAUAAGGAGUUUGGUGCGGAAGUGCCCUGCCCGUUCCCACCCCCUGCGGACCCAGCACUGUCCGCCCACCUGAUGCGCCCGGCAAAUGAGGUCCAAGUCAUGUUUGUGCAGGAAUUUGGCCACCACCUCGGCCCCGAAGGUAAAGGAGACACCGCGGUCGUUCUCGCCCCAGCCCUGCACGUCCUUGUCGGGGUCAGACCACAGCAGGUCGCACAGCAGGCCCUGGUCAGGCACAUCGGUGGGCCGCAUGAUCCGCCGGAUCUGCUCCAUGGAUUGCAGGUCUGGGGAUAGGCCUGGGAGACACACGCGGCUCGAUGCCUCAACAAGCCUCCACAAGGGAGCCCACCUCCAGGCAGCUGCACCAACCACCUCACCUUCCCCACCACCACCACCACCACCACCAGGCCCAGGCAGGCCUCUUCAUCCUCCCCUCAGCAUUUACCAAUCGCUGAGCACAGGGGCAAACAAACAAGAAUUCCCUGCCCUCAAGGAAUGCCCACAGCUCUCUGGAAAAAGGAGAUAAGCAAAUUCCACCACAGUGCACCCUAACAGAGGGUGGUGAGGCAACUUCUUGGAAAAAGUGACAUCUAAGACAACACCCAAGCCGUUCCAGGCGACAGGACACUCGCCCUCCAGCGAACCAUGCUUCAUCCCAAGGCGGUGUGGCUGGCCCUGCCUUCGCAGGCAUUCACUCCCUCAGCAGCACGACGCCGGCUGUAAGAAGGCGCUCGCCAGCCCCCAGGCCCGCACCUCCAUGGCAGCAGAAAAUCUUCUCAUCCACAAUGGCCGCGAUGGGCAGGCAGUUGAAGCAGUCGGUGAAGGUUUUCCACAGCUUGAUGUUGUAGCGUCUCUUGCCUGCUUGGAGGAAAGGGCUGGCUCUGAGGAGGCUGUUCACUGACCCCACCCCACCCCAGCCUGGGUCUCUGGGCCCCCCAGGGUGCUGCGUGGGCCAUCCAGACCCAGCUGGGAGAAGAGAGUGAAAGGCAAGGGGGCUAACAUUCCCCACGCUGCCUACCACUCCUCCAGGAUGGAGUUCUAAAACAGCAGAGUCCACAGGAACGCCUAAGUUCCAAUCCAGAACCUCAGGGUUGGUACAUCCUCCGCCUAACACACACCCACCCACCCCAACCCCAUGACCAGGGCCAGGCAAGACCUGAUCUGGUUUAGCUCAGCUUCUGGCCAGCAGAGUCCAAGCCAGUUAGACGUCCUGAGUAUUUAAGUAAUGGGUGCACUGGAGGUGGGAGUGUCACCAGGCAGAGCCUCCAAGAAAAGCAGUAAGAAUUCAAAUUGCCAGCAACCAUUCACCAAGCCCCUCCUGAGUGUAUCCCCUCCAGGGAGGGCGGGCCAGGCAGACAUGCCGUGAACCAGACCCUGCCUUCGCGGAGCUCAGUCUAGCGGGAAUCUGGCAGGCAGUAUGGCUAACGCCAAGCCAAUAUGAGGGUUCCGCUGAACAGAGAGGAGGGCAUUUGAGCUGGGCAGUGCCCAGACCCCGGACCACUCACACUCGUCAUAGAAGCCGUAGAUGCGGUUGAUGCUGGCACACUCGUGGUUCCCACGGAGCAGGAAAAAGUUCUCGGGGUACUUGAUCUUAUAGGCCAGCAGCAGACAGAUGGUCUCCAGAGACUGCUUGCCCCGGUCCACGUAGUCCCCCAGGAAGAGGUAGUUGCUCUCCGGAGGAAAGCCGCCGUACUCAAACAACCGCAGAAGGUCAUAGUACUGGCGGUGGAUGUCACCUGUGACCCCGGGAAUCGCGUCAGUGCCAGGUGCAGGGUUUGCAAGUGAACCGGGGUCAGGUUAGGCUCCAGAGAGGAGGGACCCAGACACUUGAGGGGCCUAUGCCACUUUCAGGGGGCUCACCGCAUAUCUUGAGGGGCGCCUCCAGCUCCAGAAGAAUGGGCUGGCUCAGGAAGAUCUCCCUGGACUUGAGACACAGACCACGGAUCUCGUUCUCUGU